AUGCGCAUUCCGGACAUUCCAGCGAUGCAAUCGACUUUGAAUCUCAUUGAAAGGUUGAAGCUUCCGAAGGCACCUUACGUUCUGGACGCCGGUUGCAAACCACAAAUGCACUACUACUCAAAUGACCCUGCUGAUGCUCCCAGCGGAAAAGCCCACGAGGAGAGAAUUUCCAGCAUCAUUGCCAAGCUUGGUCAAAACUGGGAGAAGGAGUUCAAAGCCCUGAUCGACGGUGAUGAAGACAACUACUCCACCAGAGCUUGGCUUAUGCAUACAAACCCAAAAUUGACGUAUGAGCAAACCGAAGAAGCUGAAUCUGCUGAGACAUCCACAGGACUUUUUGACCAGGCCUUUAUCGAGUCACUCUGCGACUACAGUGACUUUCAAGCUGCCAAGGGUAAAGAUUGGUGGCGUCUUGAAGGUGGCAUGUCUGUUGUCACCGACAAGAUGAAUAAAUGCAUUGAAGACGAGGAUUGGCUUCCCCACAAUCGCGUCUCAUUCAAGGUCAAGACCAACACACCAGUGGUGGCCAUGUCAGAAAGCGAGGCGGGCGAAAAAAUCGAAGUCACGAUAGCUGGUGCAAAAGAGACUCAAAGCUAUGAUAUGGUGUUCAACACUACGGCUAUGGGUCCUCUACAACGAAUGGAAAUCUCAGGCCUUGUUCCUGGCUUCGGACUCCCUGAUUGCCAGAAGAAGAUCCUCACUGGCAUCAGUGCUCUCAGCUAUGACCGUGCCUGCAAAGUGGCGAUCAAAUUCAAGACACGCUGGUGGAAAGACAUGUACAAGAAUUCCACGACUGAUGAUACUUUCGGCGGUGUAUCAGGAACGGAUCUUUCAAUCAGUAACGUUGUUUAUCCGUCCUGGGAUGACGGUGACAAACCAGCUGUCCUUAUGGCUUCGUACAGCUGGGCACAAGAUGCCACACGUAUGGGAUCUCUCAUCCCAGACUACUCCAAGCAGGACCCAAGCAUUGACGACGCGGUGGUAACACAGUCUUUACAGAAUCUGGCCAAGCUCUGGUCCAAGAGUGAUCCAACUAUCACUGUCGACUUUCUCAGGAGCCAGUAUGUUACUCACCACGCUUAUGCCUGGUCCCAUGACCCAUACACAGGUGGCGCAUUUGCACUCUUUGGACCCGGGCAGUUCAAGUAUAUGUACCCAGAGUUUCAACAAGUUUUUUGCGGAGGCAAAUUCGCUAUUUGUGGAGAGGCCUUGAGUCCUCAUCACGCCUGGAUCUCGGGAGCCCUUGAUAGUGGCUAUCUCACCAUGGUCCGAUGGUUAGCUUACCUCGGACAGGACGCUAGAAUCGAAGCCUUGAAGAAGUCUUGGUUCGGUGCUGGGAAGGACAAACAUACUGCUGAGUAUGAUGAGACUCUGAUGGCCUGGUCUGUCGAGCUGAGUCAGAAGGUCUCUGAACAGCUAAGAUGA